AUUGCCGCCAAAGUAGUUGCUGCGGCGGUCGGGCGCCAGGGCCACGGCCUCAAUGGACCAAGUGCAAUGUCGCUGGACGAUUUCGAGAAUUUCAAUUCAACUCUGGGAUUCCCGUUACCUCCGCGUGUCCUUCUCUCCAACUUGGACCUACUCAUUGGCGAUCCCAACGAAUCCCUACCGGGCACAAACCAGGACUUUCUCUCGUUUGCGGCUGAAUUGGAUCUGACUAACUUAGCGACCGCCUUGUCAAGCGUGAGCGAGUGUCUAGAUGAAACCCACUCCAUUACAAACAAGGGCCCCUUUUGUACCCCCAAGACAGGUCAACCCGAAGGAACGGCGCUUGGGAUGUGGCGAGAACCAACCCCCGUUGUAGUUUCCCUCUUCUCCGUACUGGGUCACCUCUCUGGAGUGUGUCCGGCUGCUAUUGUCCCUCUGAUGGAUGAUCUGUUGCCUAUCCUCACGUGCAUGCUGCAGGACUCCACGUGCUAUGCUAAGCGUUCUAUUGCCGCCUGGACUUUGAGCGUCAUGACCACAAAUACCGGCUUUGUGGUCCUUCCCUACCUGAAACAUCCAGACCUGCUUGACCUACUGUUUGGUUUGCUGAAACGUGAAGAGUCCAAGAACAUCCAGGCUGAGCCUUUAACAGUCUGUCUGUUUACCAAGAGGCAGAUGUUUCUUACGUUGACGCGGAGUUCAACCGGGUUUGUUUCUCCAUGGCUUGCUGCCCGGGUAUGGCUACCUGAUGAUGGUUAUAACUUAGAAACGGCAGUCGCUCGUAUCUUGCCAAUGACAACUGUCAAUCUUUGA